CCCUCCUUCGGGGGAGUCGGAACCACACAGGUUGCUUUAUGUUCGGGCGCAAGUGCUUCGAGGCGGCAUGCUCUAAAGUAUUACAGACGCGGAGAUACGCUACUUCAACGGGAAAUGCUGUCGCUCAUUAUGACGUUUGCGUGAUAGGUGGUGGACAUGCCGGGUGUGAAGCGGCUACAGGAUCCGCUCGUACUGGCGCUCGUACGGCUCUGCUGACCCAACGUCUCGACACCAUCGGGGAACUGUCCUGUAACCCGUCGAUCGGAGGUGUCGGAAAAGGGACGCUGGUUCGGGAGGUCGACGCGCUGGACGGCGUGAUGGGUCGCGUUGCAGACAAAGCCGGCAUUCAGUUCCAAAUCCUGAACCGGUCAAGAGGAGCUGCAGUAUGGGGUCCGCGUGCACAAAUCGACCGGAAGCUAUACAAGAAGCACAUGCAAGAUACUCUCAAGGCAUACCCGAACCUUGACAUCCGCGGCGGCAGCGUCUUCGACCUGGUCUUUGAACACGAACCUCCAAGUUCUGUUACACCAGGAAACAUCUCUCAACCUUCAGGCAAAUGGGGAAAGAUCGCUGGUGUCAAGCUAGAUUCUGGCGAGAUCAUCUCCUGCUCGAAGGUCGUCAUAUGCACCGGCACCUUCCUCUCCGGAGAGAUUCACAUCGGCAUGAAACGUUUCCCGGCUGGACGAAUGGGCGAAGAUCCUUCUAUCGGCCUUUCCGGCUCCCUCGCCCGCGCCGGAUUCAAGCUCGGACGAUUGCAGACAGGGACGCCUGCCCGUCUUGACAAGCAUACAAUUGAUUUCACCGGCCUGGACCGACAAGAUGGGGAUGUGAAACCUCUACCCUUCAGCUAUCUCCACAAGGAAGUCGACAACGCCGCGAACCAAGUUGCUUGCUUCCAAACCCGUACAACCCAAGAAACUCACCAGAUUGUGCGCGAUAAUCUGCACUUGAGCUGCCAUAUACAGGAAACCAAGAAAGGCCCGCGAUAUUGCCCGUCCUUGGAGGCCAAGAUACUCCGUUUCGGCCACAAAGAAUCGCAUGUCAUCUGGCUCGAGCCUGAAGGUUACGACUCCGAUCUGAUAUAUCCCAACGGCAUCUCGUGCAGUCUGCCAGAGGAUGUGCAGAAAGCGAUGAUACACUCCAUCCCGGGAUUGCGAAACGCCCGGAUAGUCCGACCGGCUUACGGCGUGGAGUACGAUUACGUCGAUCCUAGAGAACUCGGACCUACCUUGGAGACUAAGAAGAUCGAGGGGCUCUUUCUCGCCGGUCAGAUUAACGGCACCACUGGCUACGAGGAGGCAGCCGCCCAGGGUGCCGUUGCUGGAAUAAACGCUGGUCUCGCGGCUCUGCAGCGGCCUCCCCUGGUUUUGACCCGUGCAGACGGAUUCUUGGGCGUCAUGAUCGACGAUCUGAUUGUCAAAGGCGCCGAAGAACCUUAUCGCAUGUUCACCUCGAGAUCGGAAUACCGCAUGACGAUCAGGAGCGACAACGCCGACAUGCGGCUCACGGAGAAAGCGCGCAAAGCCGGCGCGGUGUCUGACGCGCGAUGGUCGUCUUUCGUCGCGACGCGGGACGCUAUCUUUCAAGGCACAAAGCUUCUGAAGCGAGUCAGCUUCAGUCCGCAGGGGUGGGGGAACUUGGGCUACUCGGUAACUCGGGAUGGAGUGACGAGAAGCGCGUGGGACAUGCUCCGAUAUCCUAGCGUCACGGCGAAAGACCUAAUCGAGCGAGUACCCGAACUCGCGUCCAUCGAUGCCGACUUGUUAGAUCGCUUGACGAUCGAAGCGGUGUACUACCCACACCUACAGCGGCAAGAAGCCGAUCUCCGCGUCUUCAUGGAAGACGAGUCGCUGAUACUCGACCCCAACAUGGACUAUCAUGCCAUUCAGGGACUCAGCUCGGAGGUGAAGGAACGUCUUUCGAGAGUCAAGCCGACGAGUAUAGGAGCGGCGAAACGCAUGGAGGGCAUGACGCCGAGCUCGAUCAUCUAUCUGCUGAAGCACGCCAAAAGGACCUUCAACGCUGACCUGCUGAACAAACCGGAUCUGAGGACGCAAGCUGCCGUCACAGCGCCCUAGGUCGAACAGACGAGCGAAACUCGCGUAGUUGCUGUGACAAUCUCUUCGACGAAUCUCCCUUAGAAGACAAGACGAGGGUUGUGAAAGCACGAGCCAAUCUUUCGAGUUUCCGGACCAGCUUGCGCUCUUCUGCGGGAUCAAUGACACCAUCACCACCGUACUUGCUCAGCACGCCUGUGGCACUGCAUAAAAGUCAUCGAAAGGCUCAGUGUUCCAGUUAUUCCGCGCUAGCGAAAAGUGCUCGGUGUGUUCGACCUCGACAGCGAUGCAGUUGAAUUCUUUGCGCGCGAGCGCGUCCAUAGCUGUAGAGGCGUGUCGAGGUCACUGCAAUGAAAUAUAUACACG